GUACUGGAGAAUUUUACUCAUGAUUUUACUAUGGAAUUUAUGGAAUGCGGAAGUUCAUUUGAGCUUUGAAAUGUUACUGGUUAUUAGCUUCAACUACUUUAUAAUGUGAGGCAGAUUGCUGGAAAGAAACGCUUAGUUAAACGAGAAAGAUGAUUGUUGUAAAGUUCUCCAACGACCACGAGCAGAGUGUUCAGAUCACUCCAGAGACUAAAGUGGUAGACGUAUUGAGCACCUUGGCACUUAGUUUCGGGUUAACCGAUACCAGCGAAUUUGUUAAAGAAUGGGGCCUCACUGAGUACCAGGGGGACCAGAAAUGGAUUGACAAAUCCUGGCUGAGAAAUGAAGAGCUGCUGGCAGACUCUACUUCAGCCAUAUUCCUCCUUGGAAAGAAAUUCUUCACCACAAAUGAUGACAUUCACUUACUCACAAUCCCACCUUUUCUAAGAGAAGUACUUUACCAUCAAAUGCUUCAAAUAUAUUUAUGUGGUGGCUACUUCUCCCCGGCACAACAGGCAAUAAAACUUAGUGCAUUAGCUGCACAUGUCCACAUGUCCACAGCUGAAUAUCUCACUUAUGGAACAGAAUGGUUACAGACAUUUCUUCCGCNCAGGCUUAGCCGUGUUAGGUGUCUACCAUCACUGAUUGGCAAGAAUAUGAAAGGAAUUGGUGCAAGGAACAAAGCAGUGGUCGAGACUGCAUUUAUAAAAGGAAUCAUGAGACUCGAGAGUUUUGGAUUGAGCCUAUACAGUGCUAAUAUUGACCAUCAGCCUGCUGUACUAGGGGUCGGUUUCAAGGGACUUUUCUGGCUAGACACUGAUAAUUUUGAGCCCAUCAAGCAAUGGCCACCCGAAGCCAUAAAGCAGAUAAGCCAAUCUGACGAUACUCUACUAGUUUCAUUCAAUGGCAGAGAAGCUGAUAUUGAAAUUGAGAGUCCCUACACUGCUGAUAUAAGUCACUAUAUCAGUUCAUCACUGAGAAUACACAUUAGUAGACCAUCAAGCUAUGCUUUGGAAGCAGGUGGAGAUGAUGACUCUUCUCACACAGGCAUAGAAAUAGUUAAUGUCCAGGAGAUACCCUCUGUAGAGAUAAGGAAAGAGAAAGGGAGAAGGAGAGGGAGAGGAGAAAGAAAAGCAGCAGCCACAGAAGAAGCAGAAGAUGUUCCAGGAGCAGCUGGACUUGAUAGGAAAAGGCGUAUCUCGCCGUUUGGUCGUUACAGUAACAGACGGAAAGCUUUUCGAAAGAAGAAGAACCUCCUCACUAAGGAGGACAGUCUUGAAGAUCUCAGCGAGGUGAUGGGGGUGGAUUUCAACAGCGUCAAUCCUUCUUGGGCCAUGAAAGGUAAUGGGGUCAAUCCUGUGUACGAUUCAGUCGCUAGUACUCGUGUCGAUACUCUAUUGAAGUUAUCCAAACUGACCUCUCCUUCUCUCUCGACCACGCUAAAACACACUAAGAGAUCAAGUGUGUUAAACCACAGGGUUCCUUUACCGUAUGAAGAGGUUACGUUUCCUCCUCCACUACCACAAAAACCACCUCAUUUCCGGACUAGCCUGCUAGUAGAGGUGAAGACUAAAGGUGUUCCCACUCCGCCAGUUGAGGAGGUAGGAGCUGUUCCCCAGAGGCUGGGUAUGUAUGUACCAGGUGGGGGUGGACAACAUUCAAGACCAGUACAGCCUUACGAAGCAUUGAGGGAUUAUGCUACUCUACGUAGAGAAUUCCGCAUGUUUUGCGUGAAAUUACCAAAUGGAAAUUUACACUGGGAACUGGCUAGUCUUUAUCAGCCGAUUCACAAGCUGAUAUCAAGACUCUGCAUAUUGAUACAUGCUGAGUCAAACAUGGAGCAAUACUCCCUGUUUGUUGAAGGAGGAAUACUAUCACAACUGAAAGAGAACACACCUUUAACUCCAGACAUAAUUGGCAAUGAUAUGGAUUGGGAAUUUGAAUUUGAGCUCUCGAGAGUUGCACCACCUCGUAACGGAAUGAACUCCAUGGGAAAAGUAUUUGUGCCUUCAAAAAAGCACCAAAUAUUACCAGUUAUGGACAAUCCGGUCAUCCUAGACUCAAAAUUGACAUUUAAGGAUCACGGGAUCACCACUAGCAGACUCCUAUCACUUAAGUCAGCUAGUAAUGAAAGAUUACCAAAGAUGGCCAUCAAAGUCCCUGACUGGGUCAAGUUCCAUCAGUCCUGGCUGAGCAUUGUUCAUGGCAAUCAACCAUGCCAGCUUCAAGAUGCAAUCACAUUGGCAGCAGUUUUAUACCAAUGCUAUGUACUGGAUAGAACUGAAGCUAAUUCCGUUAUAAGCUCUUGCAAUAUCACUGAUUUCUUGCCGGUUGGAUUCAGUGGUAUUAAAGGCAUUAAAGACAAAAUACUAAAGGAAAGAGAGAAGAUACUAUCAUACACACGAGAGGAGUUGGAACAGAUCUACAUCACCGGAGCCACUUCUUCUCCUCUUCAUCAAACUGUAUUCUUCCCCUGCAAGGAACCAAAAAGGCAAUUUUUGAAGAGUGCGAGACUAGUUCCGAUCAUCAUUGGGAUCAAUCAGCAGGGGAUUGUACGAGUUGAUCCUAAAUCCUGUGAAAUAAUGAAUAUAUGGUCUUACGAAGUCUUUAAGAACUGGGGCUUCUCAAGAAAGAGCUUUUUAUUAGAAUUUGAGAGCAGCACUUAUCCAAUAAAAUGCAAUCAGAGCAAAUGGAUGUCAAGGCUUGUUGAUUUCUAUGUCAAUUCGAUACAAGAAAUUAAACAUCAGAGGAUUGAGGAUGAGUUAGAAGAAGUGAGAGAGGAAGAAGAGGAGGGACACACUCAGAGCUCAGAUGUAGCAAAACCAUACUUUGUAUUGGAGGAAGAAGCACCAGCACUUGCUACUGCCACAAACCCUUACUUUGUCCUAGAAAAAGUGUAUGAGGAGCUUAUGCAAGUUAGAGAUACCACAAUGCAAAGGCAGAAAAAACAAGAAGAAAGAGAAAGGGAGGAAGGAGCAAAAAAUGCAGGAGCAACAGGAGAAGAUAAAACUUUUCAAGUGGUAGGAGAGAAAAGGGUAAUGGAUGGGGUCUAUGUAAAUCCACUUCCAAAUUGUUCUCUGAUUAAUCCAAGCGAAGCAACGACCAUGCACCUACAAAAACUUGGACUAGUUCCUUUAAGAGACCAUGAGGAGGAGGAGGAAGAAGAAGAUGAGGAAGACGAAGAUGAUGAAAGGAAAUAUUUCACCGUUAUAAAUUACAGCGAGUCUUCUUCGGACUGGGAAGAGAAUAAUGAAGAGGAGAAUCCUUAUGAUGAUAUACUAAACGUUCUAACUCAGUUCCAUCACUCUAAGAGACAAACUCCAGUUAUUUCUGAGCAUAUUUAUUAUCUUCCUCCAGACUGCUAUCAACCAGAACAUCAUUUAUAAUAAUAAUAAUAAUAAUAAUAAUAAUAAUAAUAAUAAUUAAAUAGCCAGAAAAAAUAAUCAGACUAUCGUAUAAAAUACACUUAUUGAUAUAUCCAUGUUCAUAAC